AUGUCAGGUAAAAGCCCGAGGAAGUUAACUAGUGGGAAGAAGCCUACGACUCUGAAAGCGUUACAGGAUAAAAUGGGAAAUAAGAAGGAUAAGCCUCCGCAUUUAAGUUCUAGACCGAGACGUUUCAGUCUAAUAUAUUCUAGUGAUUCGUCGCUGAGUGAUAUACCACAGGAUUCGAACAGCAGGGGCUCGAAUUUGUCCAAGUUACCGUUAUAUAAGAAUCCCAAAGCCGGAACUAAGCUAAAAGGUCGAUCUUCGAAUGCGAUGGGUAAGAACGGAAAGCUGAUAUCAACGAAUCAGGACUCAGCCAUCACAUCAGGUUCGGACAGUGCUACAGCGUCUUCAGACUACCAGUCUCUCUCGGAGGAUGAAGGAGGUACAAUGGCAGUAGAUGAUGACGAUGAUGAUGAUGAUGAUGAUGAUGAUGAUGAUGACGAUGACGAUGAUGACGAUGAUGAUAGCGACAGUUCGAGUACUAGUUCAGACGAUGACGUGGAUUUUGUGAGACUUACUGCGGAACGUAAGAAAAACGCAAUGAAACAGCUGAACGCUUUGAAGAGGGGCAAGACACCUGCAGAAACUGUCGUCAGUAACAGCAACAAUAAAGGUAAUAGUAAACAGGGUGGAUUUCCUAAUAGGGCUCAGCAGAAUCGUGAAGCUUCGGAUUCGAAUGAUGAGGACAUUUCAAGCUCUGAACUAUCAGAUGCUCCUGAACUGUCAUUCAAUUUCAAAGGCGACGAUGGGAUCAAGUUCGGUGAUGCUUCAGUAGCCUCCAAGAAGGCUGAUGAAGAUUUAGGUGAGGAAGUCAAGGAUAAAGAUGUGAAACAACCUUUAGAUUCCAUUAAACCAAAUGUCGAUAGAUUGGCGGUACCGAAAUUUUCAGAUAGUGAGGAUUCAGAUUAUAAUAUCGAUCAAGAGGCAUAUUUCAAGACCAUUGAUGAUGAUAACGAAAAUAUUACCGGUAUAGAUAACGGCCUUGAGACUGGUGAUGACGAUAUGGCUAUUCUGGAUGUUGAAGAACAGAAUAUGGUUAAACAGCUUGAACGUGAUGAUCAUUCUUCUUUCGAUGAUUCGCAGGUGGAAUCAAAGUAUAGAGAUGGGAAACCCAGAAAUGACGACGAUGAUUACGAAUACGACGAGGACGAUGAAGAUGAUGCAAUCAUGAGUGAUUUCGAUAUGCCCUUUUAUGAAGAUCCCAAGUUUUCCAAUCUGUAUUACUAUGAUGGCAGCGACCAACCCUUAACUUUAAGCACAUCUUUACCGUUAGUGUUAAGCGAAGAGAAGCGUAAGAGGGAAGAGCGUAAGCAAUUAAAACAGCGGGAAAGGCAGGAGAGGUUGAAAAGAAGAAUGACUUCCAAGAAGUCUAAACGUGAACAUUCUGCUACUCCAGAUCUUGCAGAAGAUGAGUACGUAUUUGGGUUAUUUUUCCAAAGCGAUGACGAGAAACCUAAAGUUACCAAUGACCUUGAAUCUCCUUUGCGUAGGCUCAGUACCGUGGCAGUAUCUGAUAAAGAGCUUUCAUCUGGAGAUGAAGAGUACGAAGAUAUUCUAUUAGAUAUCGCCCACCUCCCUACAGAUGAAGAGGAUGAAAAUGGCUUGGAGCUAGACGAAGUCGAAAACUCAGAUGGUGAAGAUGACUUUGAAGAAGAUGAUGACGAUAUGAGUGUCACCAACGUUUUCAUUGAUAUUGAUGAUCUCGAUCCAGAUGGCUUCUACUUUCAUUACGAUUCGUUAUCAGAUGAGGAAGCUGGAGAAGCUAAGAGCUAUCCUGACACUCCAGAUGACCAUGUGGAAGGUGUCAUCUUUGUAGAUGACGAAUCCACUGAUGAAGAUGACACUUUACCACCUCCAAAUACAAGACGCAAAAUUGGGACUAAGGCAAAAGAAGUCGUUAGUGCCAACGUUGUUGGUUUGAAGCCUCCGAAACUUGGAACUUGGCAGACAGAUAACAAGCCCUUUAGUAUCAUUGAUGGCCUUUCCACUAAAUCUUUGUAUCCUGCUAUUCCGCCAGUUCAACAAAUUUUAGAUCCAAGAAUUGAAGUCGAAGACGUUUCAUCACAUAAUGGUAUCGGAUCAGGAGGCGAAAAAGAGGAACUAACCCUUAACGAAUUGUUGAAUAUGAGUGAGCUUGAAGAUGAAAACAAUGAAGAUGGCGCUGACUCGAAUUCUAAGAAUAAAGAGAUUGCCACCUGGUAUCACAAACCAUCUGUUCCAUUAUCUGCUUUCAGAAAUAAAGGCAUCAACUUCGAACAUCAAGAAGACGAAUACAUGCUUCCUGUGUUUUCAGCACGCAAGUUCCCAAUUGGUUACGUUGGUAGUGAAAGGACUAGAAGGAAGAUCGAUAAGAUGAAGGAAUACCAAAGAAAGAAAGAUGAAAAGCGACGGAAGAUAAAGAAGAAAAAGAAGCUCUUGAAAAUCAGAAGGGAAAGGCAAAGAAUUGAAAAGCAAAAAUUGCUCACUGCUCCUGAACAAGAAACUGAAACUGAACCCAACGCAGAUUCUCACAACAACAUUCAAACUCCCUCUAGCGUGAAUUUGGCUAGUCCAAGUUCAAGUGUUUUCACCGAUGCAGAUGCUGGAAACACACCUAAUGAUUUCAACGGUCUGGUUUUACCAACGAGGAAGAAUUCUGUGAAGGGAUUAGGAAUGGAUGAAAUUGAUCAACUGCUGAAAUCUGAUGAUGAUUUAAUACUUUCUCAUCAUGGAGAUGAAGAUGGAGAUAUUGAUCUAUUAGGCAGUGACGAUGCAGAUCUCCUGGUUUCUCUGACUGCCCCGAUUGAAGAAAUUGAUUUUAACCAUGAACAAAUGAGCCAUGUUGCCGCAUGGAGAAGAAGAAACAGUAUCGCCGAAGCUGCUGCUGAACAUAUGAGAGUAACCAAGAAUGGACUUUUCAGUGAGACGGCGCUAGCUGAUCUGGAGGAAAUCAUCGGAGGAUCAACAGAACUCCCAAGUUAA